UUUUGAAAUAGUAUUUUUUUCAUAUUUUCUAACUGAUGAAUUAUUCUUCUAUCAUUUGUUUAAAUUAUGAUGUGAAAACGUCAACGUGAUAAACGGAGAACAGUUUCACAAUACACCCCUCCGUCCCUUCGUCUCUUACUGAUUCAAUUCAACAUGGAGUCAUGGACAUUGUCAACAUGGUGUUUUAGUGUUGGUUUUUUUCUGAUCAACUUUGAAAGACUUUAAGAAAGAAUUAUUGAAGUAUAGGUCAAUGGCUGCGAGUUUCAUUGCAAAAGCAAAACUAUUCAACGUGCUGGAAACAAAGCUACAUUCUCAUGUUUUAAAAUUUUCACGAUACAUCACCGUUGCUUCUAAAUGUGAGAUGUUACCAAGAAGACGAACGGUUUUGAGUAUUAAUCGCAUCUCUCAUUACAGUUUUCCCACAGCUAUUCCAAAUUACAGUCAAGUAAAACAACAGAAUAUUUCAUCAGUUUCCAAAGAGGCCUUGUCAAAUUUUGCUACCAAAAUAAACUGGUCAAUAUCAAGUGAAGAGAUUUUGAUUUGCGCUUUUACGCAUAAAUCUUAUUUAAUAUCUGACACAGAGGAAAAUCUCAUUGGCAAAUCAUUGGCUCAUAAUGAACGUCUGAUAUAUCUAGGGCACCAAACUGCAUCUAGUUUCUUGACAGAAAGUCUUUAUUUCAAAUUUCCUACAUUGUCAGCAGAACAACUGUGGGACCUUCAAAAUGGCUUGUUGCAUCAAGACAUGCUUGAAAAAAUUGGACGUAAUCUUGGUUUACAAGAUUUGAUUUUUUCAAAGGUUGAAAUAAAUGGUCAAAUGAUUGCCGAAGCACUUUUGGCUGUUAUUGCUUUGAACAAUGUACAUGGAUCAGCAUGGCCCAUCACAUUGCAAAAUAACAAUUGGAUUAACUGGAUUACAAGUUGAAAUAUCAAGUAAAAGAAAUUUGUCAACUGGAACAUCCCAAAAUUAUGUUGGUACAGUUAAACCCUGAAACAAUCUUUACAGCAAA